AUGAAGGACUGCAAAAUACAGUCGCGUUUGUUGGAAGUGCGUGGACUAACUCUCGAACGGGCUCACGAAAUUGCAGUGUCGAUGGAGUUAUCGGUAAAAGGUGGUCAAGAAAUUCACUCACGGCAGAGUAGGCCUGAAUUAAAUUUGGUUGAGCACCCGGCAACAAAACAUGCGAAAUACAGAGCAAAAAAAGCGAAUACAGCAAGUAAGGUUAUGGCGAAACCUGAUUCGAAUAAAAAGGCCUGUUAUCGAUGCGGCAGUGCGGAGCAUUUAGCUAACAAGUGUCCGUACAUAAAGUCGGCUUGUGAUUUCUGUAAAAUGACGGGACAUAUACAGAAAGUGUGCUUGAAAAAGAAAGGUGACAGGAAAAGUGAUGCUAACCAAAUGGAAGAGAGUGACGUACAUAACACUGCAGUUACUACGGCAGAAAUCUGUGGUGUUGAUAGCGCGAUCGAUUUUAAAAGUAAAGCUGAUAAAUUUUGGCUGAAGCUGAACGUGAAUAAAAUGCAGGUGAAUUUUGAAAUCGACAGUGGCUCUCCAGUUGCUAUCAUGAGUGCUGCCGUUAAAGAAAAGUACUUUCCGUCUACGAAAUUGCUACCGCCCGAUUUGGAAUUAGUGAGCUACAGUGGAAACUCGAUCCAAAUUUGCGGUAUGUGCCUAGUUACUGUUCGAUAUCGUGGUGCAGACUACCAGCUUUCGUUGUACGUUGCAGAGAAUAAAAAGCAUCCUUUGCUGGGAAGAAGCUGGAUGAAAGUGCUAAAAACCGAUUUGGGUAAAUUUUACGAAGAUGUGUAUACGAUUUCGGCUAGCUCAACGACGAGUGCUAGUGAAGCGGUAAAAAGAUUAUUGGCGAGAUACGACAACGUGUGUGAUAAGUCCAUGGGGAAAAUUAACGGACUUGCGGCUAAAUUGCAAUUAAAGCCAAAUGUGCAUCCGGUAUACAUGAAGGCAAGGCCGGUACCGUUUUUUAUACGUAAUGCAGUCGAAAGUGAGAUCAACAAUUUGCUAGAAAAUGGAGUGCUCGUUAAAGUUAAUCACAGUGCGUGGGCGACACCGGUAGUCCCAGUAAUGAAGCUUAACAAUAAAGUGCGUCUUUGUGGCGAUUACAAACUAACGGUAAAUCCCAAUAUUGCGGUCGAUGACCAUCCCCUGCCCACCGUCGAAGAACUGUUUGCUAAUGUGGCAGGAGGUGAGAAGUUUUCGAAAAUUGAUCUUUCGCAGGCGUAUUUGCAGUUGGAGGUUGAUUCAGAAUUUCAAGAAAUUCUUACGUUGAGUACGCAUAUGGGGUUGUACAGGCCUACACGAUUGAUGUAUGGAGUGAGUUCGGCACCUGCGAUUUGGGUGUUGAACGGCAUACCUGGCGUUACGGUGUUUCUGGACGACAUUCGAAUUACAGGACCAAAUGAUGAGGUUCACUUGCAGCGUCUGGAAGAAGGUUACAAUUAA